AAAAAGUAACAUAACACAGUUGUUUAUUUACGUUACGUUCGUGUACUUAGCGCAUAAAAUUUCUAUAUUCUAUUUUUGUUAUAAUCGAAUAUUGUAAAUAACUAACUAAAUAAUUAAUUCAAAAAUUCAAAAUGUUUCCAACGAGUACCCAAAAAAAGUAUUGGAUUUUCGCAGAUGAAAGUGAUCUCACAAAUUUACGAAAGAACACCAACGCUGCCUUUAUUGACAAGUACGGUGCCAAUAUGUCAACAGAAGACCGAGAUCAGUAUUUCCUAUCAGACACCGAAGAGAGAAUGUUGCUGCGUUUUUACGAGCUGCAAUUGCGUGAUUUCUGCAAAAGAUUUUCCCCGCCAAUGCCUCGUGCCACCAUAGCGACUGCACUGCAUUAUUUUAAGAGAUUUUAUCUAAGAAACAGCGUCAUGGACUAUCAUCCCAAGGAAAUACUCGUCACUUGCGUUUAUUUAUCAACAAAAGUCGAGGAAUUCAAUGUCUCAAUUUCUCAAUUCGUCGCUAAUCUUAAAGGCGACAGAGAAAAAGCAUCAGAUAUUGUUCUGAACAACGAAUUGUUGCUGAUGCAGCAGCUAAAUUAUCACCUGACUGUUCACAAUCCGUUCAGACCCGUCGAAGGUUUGAUGAUUGACAUCAAAACGCGUUACAGUUCCCUGGAAAAUCCGGAGAGAUUGAGGCCACACAUUGAUGAUUUUUUGGAAAAAGUAUUUUUGACAGACAGUGUACUGCUCUACGCCCCGAGUCAGAUCGCUCUGGCCGCGGUCUUGCAUGCGGCAUCGAAAAUUUCCGCAAAUUUGGAUAAUUAUGUUACGGAUUUUUUGUUUUCACGAGAACAUUUGGCGGGAAUUAUUGAAGCUGUCCGCAAAAUAAGAUCAAUGGCUAAAAGUAUCGAUAUACCGAACAAAGAAAUAGUUAAGGCGUUAGAAAAAAAAUUAGAAAAAUGCCGUAACCAGGAAAAUAAUCCAGACAGUGAAAUUUACAAAAAAAGAAUGCAGGAAAUGCUAGACGAAGAAGAUCUACACGACGACGAUCGAUACGCUAAAAUAAUGAAAGAUCAAGCUGCAAAUGAUGACAAAGUGCUGGGAGUAGAAAGAAUUCACUCGCCAUAGUAAAAUUU